AGUGUCCUGUGUCUUCCAUGCAGCUGCUCGCAGAGGACUGGCCAUUUGGAGUCGAGAUGUGUAAGCUGGUGCCUUUCAUACAGAAGGCCUCUGUGGGGAUCACUGUGCUGAGUCUAUGUGCUCUAAGCAUUGACAGAUACCGAGCUGUUGCUUCUUGGAGUCGAAUUAAAGGAAUUGGGGUUCCAAAAUGGACAGCAGUAGAAAUUGUUUUAAUAUGGGUGGUCUCUGUGGUUCUGGCUGUCCCUGAAGCCAUAGGUUUUGAUAUGAUCUCGAUGGAACACAAUGGAAGUUAUCUGCGAAUCUGCUUGCUUCAUCCCAUUCAGAAGACAGCCUUCAUGCAGUUUUACAAGACAGCUAAAGACUGGUGGCUAUUUAGUUUCUAUUUCUGCUUGCCAUUGGCCAUCACUGCAUUUUUUUAUACCCUAAUGACCUGUGAAAUGUUGAGAAAGAAGAGUGGCAUGCAAAUUGCUUUAAAUGAUCACUUAAAGCAGAGACGGGAAGUGGCCAAAACAGUCUUUUGCCUGGUCCUUGUCUUUGCCCUCUGCUGGCUCCCCCUUCACCUCAGCAGGAUUUUGAAGCUCACUCUUUAUGAUCAGAAUGAUCCCAAUAGAUGUGAACUUUUGAGCUUUCUGUUGGUAUUGGAUUACAUUGGCAUCAAUAUGGCCUCUCUGAAUUCCUGCAUUAAUCCUAUUGCUCUAUAUUUGGUGAGCAAAAGAUUCAAAAACUGCUUUAAGUCAUGCUUAUGCUGCUGGUGCCAGUCAUUUGAAGAAAAACAGUCCUUGGAGGAAAAGCAGUCGUGCUUAAAGUUCAAAGCUAAUGAUCACGGAUAUGACAACUUCCGUUCCAGUAAUAAAUACAGCUCAUCUUGAAAGAAGGAAUAUUCACUUAAUUUCAUUUUGUAUAUUUUGGAUAGAAGUCAUUAAAGCAAAAUGAAACAUUUGCCAAAACAGAACAAAACAAAAAAACUGUAUGGUUGCACAAAAACAAUGUAAAAAUAUUAAGAGUAAUUAUUUUAA